AGAACACUGAAGUGGGCAAACUUCUGCCUGGCUGUCAGUAGGUCACUGUCGCAUGAUGUGGUGACGGGGAACUUGUGCGUCCGGAAGAAAAGUCAGGAACUAACUGUAAACUAGCAGGUUUUGAGCCUCGUGCCAGCGAUGGGGGACAUGAAGACCCCAGACUUUGAUGAUUUGCUGGCAGCUUUUGAUAUUCCUGACAUUGAUGCCAAAGAGGCCAUCCAGUCUAGUCCAGACGAAGAUCGGGAUGAUGUGGGAACUGAUGCACCUGGGAGAGAGAGGGGGUCUCCCUCAUGCUUUCCCUGCUCUCCUGCCUCAGGCAGUGACCGUCCUGUGGUCAGCGUUAUUGUGAAGAACGCCAUAUGUUCUGAGUCUUUUGACGAGGAGGGGAAGUCAGUAGGUGAUAAAACAGAUUGUCAAAGCAGCUUUAGUGAUCUAACCUCAGAACUCGAUCUCAAACCGACUUCUGAUGCUGCUGUGGAAUCCCAGAUAGCCAAUGGGUUUGAAGCAUCUGCUCCCGGGAAUCGUGCUGCUUGGUCACCAUUGAGAUCCACCCUGAAUGAUAAUGAGAGUGAUGACUAUAAAAGAGCUGAGGUUGGAUCGAUCCAGCAUACACCAGAUGUCAUGAGCAGUUUGAAGCCCCUCCUCUUUCCCCAGUCUCUGACCAGUACUGGUCACAACUCCUCAAAUCCUCCCCCUCCACACUCUGUAAACUCUCCAGUCUCUCCUUACUCCCUUCAGAAAGAAGAAGUUUGUCUCCGUGGUGAUCCACGGUCCUCUCCUGUACCACAAAAUGGGAGUAUUAAAGUGGGAAUUAAUCAUGCAUUGCAAUCAGAUGAUGUUGACUCUGAACCAGACUUGGGGAGUCCACUGGUGAUCCAGGAGAGCCCAGAAUCUCCAGUGUCAUCCCCUCCCAAAUUUAAAGUUCAGUCUAAGCUGCUUGGGUCUCUGAAAAGCAAUUUGUCUGACAUUUCUCGUCCGCCUCAUCUGUCUUUAUCUCUGGCAGCUGCAAAACUUAAACCCACUCUGGAGGACAAAGGGCAACCUACCACCUCCAGUUCUCCUUCAGCAGGUCCUCAGCCACAGAGCCCCAAGGAAUGCCUUCCAUCUAUUAUCACAGGCUCUGCAUCACCCCAAGAAGAGAAAUAUCCAGAGCAUGUGAUUGAUGAGAGGGACUCGCCUGAGAGCCCACCGCCCAGUGAGAUGGGUCUUGUGGUCCCCACCAGGAGCAGCAGCCAUGAUUUAGGCAAGACACCAGGUCUAGUGGAAAACCACACAGACAUUCAUCCCAGAGAGGGAGUCAAGGAUAGUGAGCUUAGCAGAGCGGACAGACCAGGUCACACUGAAGAGCUGAGUGAAAAGAUGGCUGGAGGUGGAGAAAAGUUAAAAGAGGAGAUCAGUGGUGCUGCUACAUCAUCCGAGGAAACUGUGUUUGCUAAUGCAGCAGAGACAGAUUCCUCCCAACUGCGUCCUCUCAAAGUUAAAAUCAAAAUGCCUACAGGCAGCAUCACUAGAACUGUAACUGGUUUGUCACCAAUUAGAAAUGCAAGAACCACUUCCAGGGCUGUGGAUAGUUCAAAACCUUCACCAGAACAUCAUAACACAAAAUCCAUGAGGGAGUUAACUCAGCAUUCUCAGUUGCCUGUAGUAACAAUGCACCAGGAUGCUUGUCCUGCACCACCAGAGAGUGUCAGUUCAUCAAAACAGAAAUCUGCAGUGGAAAGCAAACCUAAAAUUUCCUCCACAGCUGUCAACAUCACCAAAACUGCAGCCCUGCCCUCUGUCUCCUCCUCGAGAGUCAGCUCAGGUGGGAUCAACCUGUGCAGUCUGGGCCAGAAGAUUCAAAAGAGUGGGAUGUCUGUUUCUUCUCCUUCACCGCUGCUCCCAAGUGGUAACAGACCAGCAUCCAUAGUCAACAACACUGGGGCCAUCAUAUCCAAAAGUCAAACAAGUCUGGUAGAAGCUUUCAACAAAAUUCUUAACAGCAAGAACCUGCUGCCCAGUUAUAAACCAGACCUGAGCUCACCUCUUCCUGCAGAGUGGGGCAUUCCUCUGCCUGCACAGGGUUACCGUUGUUUGGAGUGUGGUGAUGCCUUUGCCCUGGAGCAGAGUUUGGCCCGACACUAUGAUAGACGCUCACUGAGGAUCGAAGUGACUUGUAACCACUGUGCCAAGCGCUUGGCAUUUUUCAACAAAUGUAGCCUGCUUUUACACGCCAGAGAGCACAAGGAGAAAGGACUGAUCAUGCAGUGUUCACACCUGGUCAUGAAAACUGUACCUGUGGAGCAGAUGAUCAGUCAGCAGGAACCCACGGCACUUGCGUCUUCAGCGUCUUCAGCAUCUUCAGCAUCUUCAGUAUCCUCUUCAGUGCCAGUGACCCAAACCCCAAAACUGCAGUCACACAAAGCAGUAACUAAGAAGAAAGCAGACGAAGUGCAGUACACAGGCAAUAAAUGCCCUGAGUGUCAGGCUCAGUUUGGCAGCAAAGAAGAGGUAGCUGAGCAUUUUCAAGAAAUCAAACAAGGAGACACUACGCCAUGUACAGAGUGUUCUCCUCCCAUGCUCCUGCCCAACAACUGCAGUGCAGCAGCUCAUCGACGCAUCCACCAAAGUUGCUCACCACACGUGUGCCCAGAGUGUGGGGGCACAGCCAAGCAGUCGCUUUUUCAAACACAUUUAGACAAGACUUGUUUGCAUUUUGCCCGCCGCAUCGGAUACAGAUGUUUCAGUUGCCUGGUGGUGUUUGGUGGACUGAACUCUGUGAAGUCCCACAUCCAGCAGGCUCAUUGUGAUAUGUUUCACAAAUGCCCCAGCUGUCCUAUGGCUUUCAAAUCUGCCCCCAGCAUACAGGACCACAUCGCUGCCCAACAUUCCACCGUCACUGAAGGACAGGCAACGUUGAUUUAUAAAUGUGUCAUGUGUGACACAGUUUUUACCCACAAGCCCCUGCUGUAUGUCCACUUUGACACCCAUUUAACCAAUCAGAAGGUGCAUGUGUUUAAAUGCCCCAAGUGCACCAAGCUGUUUUCUCAAAGGAAUUCUCUACUAGACCAUUUAAAGACCCACAAGGCUGUCGCAUUGAAAGAAGACUCGCCUACACCUCCACCUGCUUCAUCCUAUUUAAAGCCCUCAGUGAAGUUGGAAAGCUCAGAUGGGGAUGAACAGAUGAGUGAAGAGAAAGAAGAAAAAGUAAAAAAAGGGAGGAUGAAGACCCCCUCAGGAUGGAAGUGUGUACCUUGCCAUGCACGCUACACAGAGAAGGAAGACUACAUUAACCACAUGGCCGAACAGCAUGGCAAAACGCUGAAGAAAUUCCCUUGCAACAAAUGUGAGAGCUCCUUCACCACGACCUCGAGUAUGCGACGUCACAUUAGAGACAAACACAAAAUCAUGAAUCGUGGUUUCCGCUGCCAGUUCUGUACUGAGGGUAAGAAAAUGUUCAACAGCAGAGCGUUACUGGAGAGGCAUGUUCAGCUGAGACACAGCCUGAGCUCUGUGAGCGAGGACAAACCAAUGGGAGGCAGAGAUGAGGCUGACAGCUCCUCAGAACAGGACAGUAGUUUGGGGGCUCAACGGAGACGGAGAAGAACUGUGAAGAUUGAGCAUAGUGAGGAGUCCACAGAUGGGAUGACUCCUGUGAAGAAAUUACGGUCCUCUUCCUCUGCACCAUACUCGCAGCCCGACUCUGGAUUUCGCUGUGUCCACUGUGGCUUUGCCACAGAGGACCAGACUUUGUUCCUGGAGCACAUCAGCCAGCACAAACGAGGAGGGACAGAAGGUGGUGGUCUGCAGUGUCUACAGUGUGGCGCCUGCUUUACGUCAAAUUCCUCGUUGUCACGCCAUCGCUUUAUCACCCACAAAAUGAAAGAUACAGCCAGUGACAACCUCAGCACGCGCCCAGCACCCUCCCCUGGUAACAGCAGGAACCAUGAUGAUAAAAAUCAUCAGGAUUGUUCUGCACCACUGUCUCCCUCCUCUCAGCCCUCCAUAGCUCAAGGGAAGGAAGAGGAGGACACUCUGGCCUGUGAGGUUUGUGGUAAACAUUUUGAAAAGGCAUCAGAUCUGAAUACACACUUUAGAACUCAUGGCAUGGCUUUUAUCAUUGCAAGGAAUGCAAGGAAAACUACUUAAAAUGGCAGAUAAAAGGGCAAGGUCUGUGAAGGUAGAAGAUAAAAGAUAACCAAGCUGCAGUGAUUCAUAUCCAGAACUGAUGUGACUCGCAAACGGAAAUUUGGUCGUCAAUUCCAAUUUUCAAACCAGAUUUGUGUCUGAUUUAUGAAUCCAUGCAGCUUUUUGCCUUUGGCAAAUUAAAAAAAAAAUCAUUAAGUGUAGCUCUCUAGUGCAGUGUAUCCCAACCCUGGUCAUCAGGGAACACUUAUGUUGCUCCAACACACCUGAUUCAGAUGAUCAGCUCGUCAACAAGCUCUGCAGAAGCCUGGUAACGAGCUGUUCAUCUGAAUCAGGUGUGUUGGAGCUGGGCAACAUCUAAAACAUGCAGGGCAGUGUUUCCUGAGGACCGGGGUUGGGAUACACUGCUCUAGAAGUGUAGUUAAACUUACCAAGCUUCCAAUUCCAUUUAUUUUCUUCUUCCAUUUUCGCACAUGGUGGAUCCGUAAAGGCACAUCUUAUAUGACCUUCCUCUUUAAAACAGAGUGAGCUCAAAUAUUUUUGAUGAUGCAUGUAAAAAAAAGAAAAAAAUGUAUUUGUGUGAAUGCAUGCUUUUCAAAAUGGCAGUCGUGAGACUUGAGACAUCAAACCUGACCUCUAAUGAAUCAGACUGAGCAGUGUCGCUGGUAAUCUGAAUAUAGCCCAAAGUAAAUAUGCCUUAAUUUAUUGCCAACAUCUCUUUAAAAUGUUUGUGAGCACACUAAUGCAACCAAAGAUACUUUUAUGUGAAUGAAAAACAAUAAACAAGCAAAUGUGAUUGUUGCUGAGUGACCAGCGUUAACCUUCAAACAUACAGGAUGGAAUGAUACUUUUCUGUUGAGUAAUGAAACGAGUCAUAUCGGAGCUGAUUCACAGUCAGUGGAUAGUUAGUAGAUAGUUAGUUAGACGAGUUCACUACUGAGACCACAUUCACAUACAAGCAGAGAACUAACACCCUUGUUUUUUAUUCAGUGAAUGUCGAUUGACUGCAAUGGAAAGGGACUGUUUUUUUGUUUUGAUGCUUUGAUGCUACUGAGGAGAUUGUCAUAUUCUCAUCAAACGCCAGCCAAGGUGUUUAUCUGUUAAAUCACUGGUUUUUACACAUUUUUAGAAAACCAUUGUGGUGUUUGAGAUUACGUGUGAACUAUUAAAGGCUUCAUUUAGAUUACCAGGUUUAAGGGAAGAGAAUCAGAUUUUUAGUUCAGUUCAUGUGACUCAGAUCUGAUUGUUUUUUUCCCCCCACAGCUGUGAGGAGAAAGAAAAUUCCGAUUUUUCAAUUCAUAUUUGUGUCAUUUCAGUAUGUGGUCAGACACAUAUAUGAUACAUGGCCAAUGUGUCAUUAAGGAGACUGGCCAUACUAGAAUCCAUGCGGCUUUUUUGCACCGCAGAAGCGAGGCAUAAUCAAACAACUAUGUGUCGUCCUCUCGGGGCUAAAUCUCACUCACACAUUUUUUGUGGUAGUAUCCAUUUCUGGAUUAUCUCUAUGAGGAUCAAUAAAAGAACAUCUUAUUAUUUUACAUGUGUCCCACUUCAUUACCUAGCGUUUUCUGUUGAUGCAUGCAAAAAGAUAUUUGAGCACAUGCUUUUCUGGCCACACUGUGUAGUCAUCACUAGUCAUUUUGUGUAGCAUAAAACAACAAUUUAGAUUCCCCAACUGCAGAGGCAGCCUUUGGCUGCCGUAUGUUGUAGUGUGUUAAUGAGAUAUGUAGGAUAUACAUUUAUUUAUCAUAAAGACUAACUUUGGACCUAAUUAGCCUCUUAAUUAGAUCCCUUAGUAUGAAAUGUAAUUCUUUUUUUCUUUUUUUUUCCUGUGCAAUGGAUGAGAGCAAUAAUGUCUGUUAUGAAUAACCUUCAGGUACAGUAAAUUUGUAAAGUUCAAAGUGAAAAGUUCAAAGUUCUGGAAGAUGAAAAUUGAACUUCAAACCUUUCCCUAUGAUUUGGAAAAUUGUUGGCAAUAAUCUGAUGUGUACACACAUUUUGUUGUAAAACCUUUGAGUAAAAAUUGCAUUUUUGAAUAUAAUUUACUGUAUUUACAUCAGAGUCCUCUAAGAAAUGGAAGUCAUUAUUAUUUUGGCUUUUUUCUAUGUAGAAGUUUCCCGGUUUUUUAUUUUCUUUACUGUAUAUACACGUGUGUUUGUGUGUGUGUGAGAUUGUUCUUAUUCUGUAUGCUUUCCUGAAAACACGAAGACACGAUGAACCAUUUAUUCCGAGUGAUUAUUCUUGCAGUCUUUGACAUUGAUCAGAAAAACAAACUUACAACUGAUGUGCUGAUGUUUUUGCUUGCAGUGUUGGGAUGCUUUUCUUUGUUUAAUGGCACCAUUGUUACAGCUGUUUGUUUCUUACAUGCUUCUAUUUUUACAGAUUUCAUUCCUGAGAUAAUAUCCAUGCAUCAAUAUCACUGAGAUUAAAAAAAGAGAAAGACCCUA